AGCAAUAUAACGAGCACUCCUUUAAAAACAACAGGGAAACUGUAGGGAGUAGGCCUUAUCGCAAUAUCACUACCGGUAGUACACUCCAUCCGCCUUUCGCGUAGUUUGCUUACGCCUUUUGCAAAGAAUAACACUAGAUGAGCACAGAGGACCCAGAGCGGCAGGCAACCGGGGACGGGGCGGCUGCUGAGGGUGGCAAGAAGAAGGGCAAGCACCGGCGCGACAAGCCGUGGGACCACGAUGGCAUCGACCAUUGGAAGGUGGACCCCUUCAAGCCCGAGGACAACCCCGGGGGGCUGCUGGAGGAGAGCUCCUUCGCCACCCUCUUCCCAAAGUACAGAGAGAAGUACCUGCGGGAGGUGUGGCCGGCGGUGACCAAGGCGCUCAAGGACGUGUGUAUCGUCUGCGAGCUGAACCUGGUGGAGGGCUCCAUGACGGUGCGCACCAGCCGCAAGACGUGGGACCCCUACGCCAUCAUCAAGGCGCGAGACCUGAUCAAGCUGCUGGCCAGGAGCGUGCCCGCCCCGCAGGCGCUCAAGAUCCUGCAGGACGACAUGCAGUGCGACAUCAUCAAGAUAUCGGGCAUCAUUCGCAACAAGGAGAAGUUUGUCAAGCGGCGUCAGCGGCUGAUCGGCCCCAACGGCUCCACUCUGAAGGCGCUGGAGCUGCUGACGGGGUGCUACGUGCUGGUGCAGGGCAACACUGUGUCCGCGAUGGGUCCCUACAAGGGCCUGAAGGUGCUCCGCCGCGUGGUGGAGGACUGCAUCCGCAACGUGCACCCCAUCUACCACAUCAAGACGCUCAUGAUCAAGAGGGAGCUCGCGAAGGACCCGGCGCUGGCGGAGGAAAACUGGGACAGGUUCCUGCCCAAGUUCAAGAAGAAGAACGUCAAGCGCAAGAAGCCCGAGGCAGCAGCCGCCGCCGCAGGAGGCGACAAGGCCGCCGCAGCCGACAAGAAGAAGGUGUACACGCCCUUCCCGCCGCCCAUGCCGCCCUCCAAGAUGGAUCUGGCGCUGGAGAGCGGCGAGUACUUCUUGUCGGAGGAGCAGAAGCGGGAGCGGGCGCGGGCGGCCAAGGACGCAGCGCAGGAGGCGCGGCUGGCGGAGCGGCAGCGGCAGCGGGAGGCGGCGUUUGUGGCACCCAAGGAGGAUGUCCCCUCCACGACCGGCCGCAGCGGCGCCGGCGCCUCCCAACAAGACGACGUGCGCGCGCUGGCAGCAUCGCUGAAGCGCAAGGCCGGAAAGAGCGGGGGUUCCGGAGCGGGAUU